UCCUAAUCUAACCCGAGCUCCCUCCCUCAGCCAGCGUUCGGAGCCGAUGCCGCUCGCCGGCAUUGCCCUCGCGCCUCUCCUCGUAUCCCCUCUCUCGCCUCCCUCUCCCUGUGCCCGUGGCAGCGUUGCAGUCUCCGCAGAGCCCCGGGGAAGGCGCCGCGCGCUACGGCGGGUGCGGUGCUCGGCUGCAGUGGCGUCCGGCGGAGGCGGUGACGCCGGUGAGUUGUCACGCGCCACGCUGCUCUGGAGGGCCGCCAAGCUGCCCAUCUACUCCGUGGCGCUCGUGCCGCUCACCGUAGGGGCUGCUGCUGCUUACAACCACGCGGGGCUGUUCUUCGCCAGGCGCUACUUCGGCCUCUUGGCAGCUGCCGUCCUCGUGAUCACCUGGCUCAAUCUGAGCAAUGACGUUUACGAUUCAGAUACCGGUGCUGAUAAGAACAAGAAAGAAUAUGUCGUCAACAUUGUUGGCAGUCGAGCAGUGACACAGUAUGCAGCGAACCUUUCUCUUCUGCCCGGGUUUGGAGGGCUAUUUUGGGCCUUUGCUGAAGCAGGGGACGUCAGGUUCAUGGUGUUGGUGCUAUGUGCAAUCCUUUGCGGCUAUGUUUAUCAAUGCCCGCCGUUCCGAUUGAGUUAUGGUGGCCUAGGCGAACCAUUGUGUUUUGCUGCAUUUGGCCCAUUGGCUACAUCAGCUUUCUACUUCUCAAACAGCAGCAUAAGCAUUUCAAGGUACACCCUAGAACAACACGGGUGUCCUCGUGCCGCUCCUUCCCCGGACGACGCUCGAGACCUCCGUCGCCGGAGUGGUGGGCGGCCUGUGGGCGCUGGCUGGCCUCCGGCAGGCGUCCGUGUACGUGCACGUCGGCCACGAGCUCGCGCUGAACGUCUCCAAGUCGCCGCACCUCAAGGACUCUCCCGCCGGGUGGGGUCUCAUAACCUAGAGCUGUGCUUGCACCCGCUCGACGGCCAUGAGACCGCCGCCGGCGCGUUCCGGCAGGACGGUGCGCCGCGGGGAGACGUGGCGCUGGUGAAUCUCCUGCGGGUUCAGGCUGGUGCGGUACUUCUCCGUGAGCACCCAGUAGCCGCCCUCCCGCUGCUCCACCCACGGCUCCAGCCGCUCCGCCGGGACGGCCGAGGCAGACGGAGAUGCGGACGACGACGACGACGGCACAGAGACAGCCGCGCAUUGGACGGGGCGGGCGUGGCUGGGGCCCCGCGAGCUCCAGCUCGACGGACCUCAAGCUGUCGCCGGAUUCGGCCGGGAAACGGAGGGAACCGUCCAUCCCCGACCUACGGUUGUUCCUGCCUCGCCGGCAGGCCGCCCCACGAUGCCACCGCGCCGCCUGUCACCUCGCCGGUGCUGGAGAUGGAGCGUCUGGAUAAGAUUAGAUAA